CCCAUUACGCUUCACUCACUUCGUGUCACAAGGUGUCAAGCAAAAAAGAGAGGACCCACAAUGCCCUCUGCAGAAAAGCGCAAGCAAAAGCGCGCGGCGCUGCCCGAGCCGAAAGCCAAGAAGGCUCGUAUCGACACCAGCAGCAAGCAGAAAAACGAGAAGGAGAAGGGCAAGAAGCGCAGUCGACCAGUGACGGCGCCCGUGCACGAAAAGAGUGAAGCUAGCGAGGAGGAAUAUGAUGGUGAGGAAGUGCUGGAGGACGGGGGUGAGGAAGGGGGUGAGGAUGAGGAAACGGGCGAGGGAGAUGAGGAGGGUACACCGUCCAAGGUGAAAGAUCCGAAUGCGGCCCGUGAGUCCCACAAAGCGCAGAAGGCCCUGCUCACGCAGCGUAAAACAUCGAAGCCGCACAGCGCGCUGCUCACAGAGGCGAAACGCGCCUGGUCGCUUGCACGGCAGAAGAACCUGUCUAAGGCUGAGCGCACGCAGCAUAUCAAUGCGCUCAUGGACGUUGUGCGCGGCAGGGUGAAAGACAUCGUUUUCAAGCACGAUGCGAGUCGCAUUGUCCAGACGAUCGUGAAGUACGGGAGCGCGAAGGAGCGGAAUGAGAUUGCGGAGGAGCUCAAGGGACGAUACAAGGACUUGGCGCAAAAUAAGUAUUCAAAGUUCCUGAUCACGAAGCUCAUCCGCCUCUGCCCGUCACAUCGCACCUCAAUCCUUCAAGAAUUCCAGGGCAGCACCAUGCGCCUGCUGCUCCACCGCGAAGCCUCGUCUGUAUUAGCGGACGCCUUCGAGCUCUAUGCCAAUGCGUAUGAGCGAUCAAUCCUUCUCAAAGAUUUCUAUGGCAAGGAGGCACAGCUCUUCACAGUGACUCUUGGCAGCGAUGAGGAGCGCGAACGAUCAAAAAAAGGGCUGAACGGUAUCCUCGAUGGCACGGACAAGGAGCGUCGUCGCCGUGUACUGAAUGCUGUGAAGGAGAAUCUCACGACAGUGUUUAACAACUCGGACAAAGGCGCGGUGUCGCAUGCUACUGUACAUCGUGUGCUGUGGGAGUAUCUCUCUGCGAUAAAUGAGACUGAAAAUGAGGCAGUGCGAGAAAAGGCGAGGAGAGACAUGUUCGAAAUAUGCCAGGACGUGCUUGCAGAGAUGGUUCACACUAAGGACGGUAGCCGAGUCGUGCGCGAGUUCAUUGCUCAGGGCACGGCCAAGGACAGGAAGCACAUCGUCAAAGCGAUCAAGCCGCACGUCGAGCGGAUGUGCAAAGACGACGAGGCGCAGCUCGUACUCUUCACGGCUUUGGACGUUAUUGAUGAUACGAAGCUCACUGCGAAGUCGCUAGUAGCGGACAUCGUCGUUUCAGCGCAUUCAUUAUACCAAUCACCACAGGGUCGCCGAUCAUUAAUCUACCUUGUAUCGCCACGAACAAGACGGCACUUUACUCCAGCUCAGAUUACUCUUCUCGCAGAGACAGAUCCCAUUCGCGCACAAACAAGUAAAAAGGACGAUGCUGUCCGCGCGGAAGAGGUCCGUAAAUCGGCGAGUGAGCCAUUGCUUGCCUGGAUGGCAGAGAAGGGCGCCGAGGUUGUGCGAGAUCCGGGGGGAAGCCUUGUCGUGGGCGAAAUAAUGCUGUAUGCCGAUGGCGACAAGUCACCCGCGUCCGAGACGCUCCUCCAGGCCUUGUCAUCACCGUACCCCUCGCCUGACCCUGCAACCCCACAUCUGAUCUCGCUGCCAUACUCAUCACGACUGUACAAAACGCUUCUGCAGGGUGGACCCUUCAGCCACCAGACGAACACUGUCGCGCGAUCACCGCUGUGGGAUCCGCUAGCGUUCGCGCGUUCGUUCGUGCGGAUCGUGGGCAAGGAGAACACGCUCGCGAUGGCGAAGGACGACGGCACGUUUGUCGUUACAGUGCUGUGCGAACGCGCGAAGGAGGAUGAGGCGCUGCGGAAGGACGUGAAGGGCUGGUUCAGCGGUGCAGUGAAGGAGCUCGAGAAGGGGGAGGGAGGGAGAGGGAGGGGCGUGCUCCUUGAGCAGAUUGCUGCAUUAUAA